AUGCAAAGUUGCGAAUAUGUAGCAGUCAACUCUAGUCCAGACAAUAGGAAAAAGUGUAGGGUACAAAAAUUUGAUCAACGGGUGGCUAAACGCCUUAUUACAUUUCGUUCAUUUUUGACAUUUGCG